AGAUGGAGUUUGCACUGGUCGCACAGCGUGGUGGGGUGGGGGGCUAGAAAGCCCCGUUUUCCCCCCAGCAGCCGGGGGACCUCGGCCUGGGGCAAGGCAUGGAGCUUGGGCUGCACCGGGCUCUGAUGCGCCCCAGAAGCAGCUGCAUGUCGGGCUGGGGCCCCUGUUACGCGCCGCUCCCCCCAGAAGCAGCUGCACGGAGGCAUCGCCCUUUUAAGGGGCCCCGGGAAGCGGCGGCGGCUGCGGGGCUGGCUCCGGCCGCUCCAUGUUGGAGCAAACUUUCCGCCGCCGCCCGGGCCCCACGCGCGACCCGAGCCCACGCGCGGCCGGGCCCAUGGACGGCGCCGGGGUCAUCGCCCAGCUCAGCCGCGACGAGCCCGGGCCCCGCCCGCCGCGCCGGGGCGGACGGCCGGACCCUGCUACCCGAGGUGCAGCCGCAGGACGCGGGGAAGCUCUGUGCCGUCAUCGACCUGGAUGAGACCUUGGUGCACAGCUCCUUCAAGCCCGUGAGCAACGCGGACUUCAUCAUCCCCGUGGAGAUCGAUGGCGUCAUUCAUCAGGUCUACGUGCUCAAGCGGCCGCACGUGGACGAGUUCCUGCAGCGCAUGGGGCAGCUCUUCGAGUGCGUGCUCUUCACCGCCAGCCUGGCCAAGUACGCCGACCCCGUGGCCGACCUGCUGGACAAGCGCGGCGCCUUCCGGGCCCGGCUCUUCCGGGAGUCCUGCGUCUUCCACCGCGGCAACUACGUGAAGGACCUGAGCCGGCUCGGGCGCGACCUGCGGCGCGUGCUCAUCGUGGACAACUCGCCCGCGUCCUACGUCUUCCACCCCAACAACGCCGUGCCCGUGGCUUCGUGGUUCGACAACAUGGCAGACACGGAGCUCCUGGACCUGCUGCCGUUCUUCGAGGGGCUGAGCCGCGUGGACGACGUGUACUCCGUGCUGCGGCAGCACCGGACUAGCAGCUAGUGCCCGCGGGGCUGCGCCGGUGCCCCCCCAGCCCGUGUGCUAGGGCCAGGACAUGCCCGGCCACGCGUGGCACCACGGACACGGACCAAUGGACACAGCCUGGGCCUGAGGCCUGGCCCCCAUCGUGGCCUGCAAUGCAUUCUGGGAGUGGAGCCUCCCCCCCAGCUCCCAGGGUCCUGCCAGUGGGGGGCUCUGGUCUGGUGCUGUGAGGAGCGCCCCCUGCUGCCUGCCCCGGUGCUGCCCCACGGGGGGGGUCUUUGCCCUCCCUCUGCCUCUAUCAGUGCCUUCUCCCGCCCCCCGGACCCUCGUGCUGCCAAGACUGCCUUGGGUGCCAGCCCCCCUGCCCCAUGGCGGGGCUUCUGGGGGGGCCUCAUCUGCCUUAUCCCCCCUUAAUGCCCCCCUUGUCCUGCCCCCCUUAGGGGCUGUGGAUGUCGUGCCUGGGGCGGGGGCGGGCGGGGGGGCCGGUCUGAGGCCCCCACCCUGGCCAGCCACCUCCGGUCCUGAUCCUGAUCCUGCCCCCCCUCUGCAAGCUCAGCACUUUGUAACAGGUUGGGGUGGGUAUCCCAGCACGCAACAGCCUGCCUGGACCAGGAGCUGCUGAGCAUGCUGGGAAAUGCGGUCCCCGCCCCACGUCCUUGUAUGUUGGCUGCGUCUGGGGGGAGACGUGGCCGAGCCCAAGUGCCUUUGUGCGAGCGCGUAACGGGGAGGGAAAGAAACCAGCCGAGAACCA